AUGGCAGAAGCAGAGAUGAUAACGCAAUCCCCGCGACCGGACAAGGACGAGGUCUGCCGCCAGUCUCCGCCCUUCAUGUCCCGGCUCGUCUACGGCACGAAGCUGUCGUGGCUGCAGUCAUGGUUCUAUCAGCGCGCGAGCUUCCACUUUUGGAAGAUGUACUGGUUUCCCCAGGGACAGCGACCGGACUUGAUUAAGCAGUACGAUUGCCGUCCGAAUCUCCUCAUCCGCAUCUUCUUCCCCUCAGACUACGACCAAACAUCCCCCCAAACCCUGCCGACGCUGUUCACCAUCCACGGUGGUGGCUUUUCGAUCGGCGUCCCGGACGACGACGACGCUUGGAACCGCACAUUCGCAGAUCUCAAUGGUGCCCUCGUUGUCGCACUCAACUACUGGAAAGCCCCCUACGCUCCAUGGCCUACAGGCCUCCACGACCUCGAGGCGCUGUACCUCGCCGCCGUCGACGACGCCUCGCUCCCGAUCGACAAGUCGCGCAUCGCCAUCGGCGGUUUCAGCGCCGGCGGCAACCUGAGCUUGUGCCUAAGCCAGCUGAAAUCCGUAAAGGAGCACCCAACUGCGAGGCCCAAGGCCGUGAUGCCCAUAUAUCCGGCCGUCGACUUCGUCACGCCCUGUGAGGAGAAGAGACACCGCAGGCCUUACAAGAUCGGCCAAUUGUCGGGGAUCAGAGGCCAACAGAGGGAUUUCGUGCUCGAGUUCGCGCCCGUCUUUGACUGGGCAUAUGUUCCCUACGGCAAGAACCUCAAGGACCCCCUGCUCUCGCCUGCCUACGCCGCACGCGAGGACCUGCCGGCGAACAUUUGCAUCGUCGGCGCGGAGCUCGACUACCUCGCGUGGGAGGCGUGGGACAUGGCUUGCAAGCUCGGCGGAAAGAAGGUGACGUCCGAGGUGGUCGGGCGGAAGGAGGUCGCGAAGACGCAGGAGUUGGAGGUCGGGGACGAGAGGUUCGGGUGGGAGGUGACUGACGAGAGGGGCAGCGUCAAGUGGAUGCUUGUGCCGGACGUCAUCCAUGCGUUUGAUAUGCACGAGAUGGGAGCCAUGGUCUCCGAUCCCGAGACCAUCAGGGAUGGGAAUGCCAAGGCUGUCAAGGUAAUCAAGGUGCUUGGGGAGUGGUUGAGAGGGAAUGCCUGGGCGGUUUGA